AUGGCUGGGUUCUUCUCUCUAGGAGGAAGGCAUAACAAGGCAGAAGAAGAAGAGGAAAGAGAAGACAACAACAACAACAGUAGCGGUCAAUUCUUGUUCAGGAACGAGGAGAUCUAUAACAAAGGAUUUGAGAUAUGGCCACAGACACAGUCCUCGUACCACCACAACUUGAACAACUACUACUCCUUGGGGGUGGGUCCUAGUCGCAGGAACAACAACAACUCCAACGUCGUAAACGACGACGUUUCUGUCUCUUUCUCUGAUGAGUCAAAUCGGUUUGGGUUUACGGUGAUGAGGUCCGGAAGCAUAGGUGGCGGCAUGAACUGUCAGGAUUGCGGGAACCAAGCUAAGAAAGACUGUGCACACCUCAGAUGCAGAACUUGCUGCAAGAGUCGAGGGUUUCAGUGCCAAACCCACGUCAAGAGCACUUGGGUUCCCGCAGCCAAGCGUCGUGAACGACAGCAACAACUCUCUGUGUUGCAGCAGCAACAACAACACUUUCGUGGAGAUCAUUCUAAACGACAUAGAGAACCUGAAGGUGCUGCUGCUUCUGGUUCUCUUGCUUGCGCUCCUGUUCCUAUCACCACCACAGGGUUGGAGCUGGGGCAAUUCCCACCAGAACUUAACUCUCCGGCAAUGUUUCGGUGUGUGAAAGUGAGUGCAAUGGACGCACCGGAUGAGCGUUACGCGUAUCAAACGGCUGUGAACAUAGGAGGACAUGUGUUCAGGGGAAUUCUCUACGAUCAAGGAGUUGAUAGUCCUUACACGAGUGCAGGUGGUGAGGGUUCUUCGGGUGGCGGUGAAGCUCAGCCACUUAGUCUCAUAUCUGCCACAACUACCGCUACAUCAAGUGGAAACCCUUUUGACCCUUCACUCUACACGGCUCCGUUGAAUGCUUACAUGGCCGGUACGCAAUUCUUCCCACCCCCAAGAUCCUAA